UUAUAGUUAACACUUAACAUUUAACAAACAGUUUUCUGUUUUCCACUUUCCAGAUCUAUUAAACAAGAAAUUCUUGAAGUAUUAAUAAAAUGAGCAGCCAGCUUUCAGCUAUUGAUCUUUUAAAACUUGGUGAUGAAGGAAGAAAAAAACCGUUUUUAAAUCAAUAUUGGUCUUAUAUAAUGGGAGUUGCGUUUGGCCUGGGCACGGGAGUUUUCAUGAAUUUUGGGACUCGUCGACCUAUUAUGAGUGGUAUUCAAAAGCAUGUUAUUGCAACUGUUGGCUGGUGUGGCUUACUUACAUACGUGCAAAAGUACAGGGAUGAUUAUUUAGCUGAAAAAGAUGCCGUUUUUAGACACUACAUUGAGUUGCACUCUGAAGAUUUUCCUGUACCAGAAAGAAAGAAGAUUGCAGAUAUCCUGGAACCCUGGGUGCCUAUCAGAUAAUUGUGAAAAAAACCAAAACAGAUUUAGUGAUGUAUUUAAUAAUUGUUUAGCAUAAAUGUUGAAAUAAAUAAAACAAACUAUAA